CGCGAGCUUCUGUCAAACCCUCUACAGAACCACGUCCGCCGCGGGCAUAACAGCGCCCCGCACUAUGGACGGCCUUUCGGGAGCGGCAAGCGUGAUAGCUGUCAUCGAUAUAUCUACUAAAGUUGCGUCUCUAUGCUACCAGUAUUCGGUCGAGGUCAAGCACGCGAAAGGCGAUAUCGAACGCCUGCGUAGUAAGGUCAACGACACCAAGACUGUACUUGAGAAGCUUCAACAGCUCGAGCAGAACAGCCCGCAGCUCUCUACUACACGCAAAAUGGUGGACUCACUAAAACAAUGCCAUAAACAAUUACAAGGGCUCAAGGACCAACUCGAGCCUGGCCGAAGUCGUAAAGCAAUGCAACGGUUUGGCAUCCGAGCCCUGAAAUGGCCUUUCACAAGCAAGGAGGUGGAAAAGACGGUGCAGAAUAUUGAGAGCUAUCAGGCCACUUUUAGUCUUGCGCUUCAGACAGAUCAGACAACGCUUGUUCUUCGCAUUGACCGGAAGACCGAUAGGCUCUUGUUACCUAUCGCCGAAGGCGCUUCCUACGACGCGCACGCCGAAGAGCACAACGCACGAUGCCUGCCGAACACCCGUACCGAGCUACUAAAGACCAUUAGCACAUGGGCAAAUAACAAGGAUAGUAAAACCAUAUUCUGGCUGUGUGGCAUGGCUGGCACAGGAAAGUCAACGAUUGCGCGCACCGCCGCCCAAUCGUUUGCUCAAACCAGUCAGCUAGGAGCGAGCUUCUUCUUCAAGAAGGGCGAGGGCGAGCGCGGUAACGCCUCCCGGUUUUUCACCACCAUCGCUACUGACCUAGUUGCCCGUGCAUUAGGCAUGCUCCCUAGUAUCAGGAAAGCACUCGACGAAGACCCGGCUCUGUCACAGAGGGCAUUAAAAGAUCAAUUUGAAAAACUCAUACUCCAUCCACUUUCGGGGCGGCAGCCAACACACCCAACUAUCCCUGCCUGGAUAAUCGUCGUCGACGCGUUAGACGAAUGCGAGAGGGAAGAAGACGUACGCGCCAUACUCCAGCUUCUUACUCGCGCCAAGGACAUGCAGCCGGUAUCGUUGCGAGUCUUGGUAACGAGCCGGCCAGAGCUCCACAUUCGUCUUGGCUUCAAGAAGAUGUCGAACGGAACGUACCAAGAUCUCGUCCUUCAUGAGGUUGCAAGAAACACUAUCGAACACGACAUCCGCCUUUUCUAUGAGCAUGAGCUUAGUGUGAUACGCCGAGCGCGCAUGCUGUCUCCCGACUGGCCGACAGCAGACCAGAUCCGAGCACUAGUCGAGCUAGCCGUGCCGCUAUUCAUCUUUGCUGCCACCGUGUGCCGAUACAUCGGCACGAAAGGAGGCCACCCCGAAGGAUAUCUAAGCAAGGUGCUAGCAUACCAAAAGUCCACCUUUUCACAACUUGAUCGGACAUACCUCCCUAUUCUGGAGCAGCUGCUUGUCGAACAGGAGGAAGACGAGAGGGAAGGGUGGCUCCAGGCGUUUCGGAAACUCGUAGGCAGCAUUGUUGUUCUAGAGAGCCCGCUCUCUAUUGCCUCGCUCACACGCCUCCUGCAAGUCCCGCAGAAAGAGAUAGAGUGUCGGCUAGACGCUUUGCACUCUGUACUCAGUGUUCCUGACAGCCCAGGCAUCCCCGUCAGACUACUUCACCUGUCUUUCCGCGACUUCCUUAUUGAUCGCCAGAGACAGGAAAAGAGCCAGUUCUGGAUAGACGCAAGAGAUACCCACAAGAGUCUCGUGUCUUUCUGUCUUGAGCUUAUGUCUGGGCCAGAUGGCCUACACCAGAACAUAUGCAACUUAGCAGCACCUGGAACUGUGAGGAGUGAGAUUGAUGAAGACACAAUCGCCAGCUAUUUGUCACCAGAGCUACAGUAUGCGUGUCGUUACUGGGUCAGUCAUAUUGAGCAAAGUCAGCAAAAGAUAGCUAAUGGAGAUGCGACACACCUUUUUCUCCAGAAGCAUUUUCUACAUUGGUUCGAAGCUUUGAGCCUUAUAAGAGAGUCAAACAGAUGCGUCCAGUUUCUUACCAGCCUCCAGGCCUUAGUAAUUCCAUCAGCAAACACUGUUUCUAAUUUCCUAUCAGACGCCGAGCGAUUCGCGCUACGGUUUCAACCUAUAGCAGCAGAUGCUCCAUUGCAGCUUUAUUCCUCUGCACUUACUUUCGCGCCAGAAAAGAGUUUAAUACGCCAAGCUUUCGAGAAGCAAGGCUCUAAUGAUAUCAAGAUAUUGUCAAAGAGGGAAAUAGAUUGGGAUGCGUGUCGCAGUACGCUCGAGGGCCACUCUUCUUGUGUCAGCGCGGUGGCCUUCUCGCCAGACGGGAAGCUGGUCGCGUCCGCCUCGAGGGACGAGAUGGUGCGGCUCUGGGACGCGGAGACGGGAGCGCACCGCAGCACGCUCGAGGGCCACUCUUCAGAGGUCAGCGCGGUGGCCUUCUCGCCAGACGGGAAGCUGGUCGCGUCCGCCUCGAGGGACAAGACGGUGCGGCUCUGGGACGCGGAGACGGGAGCGCACCGCAGCACGCUCGAGGGCCACUCUUCAGAGGUCAGCGCGGUGGCCUUCUCGCCAGACGGGAAGCAUAUUCAAACAGAUAGAGGUGACAUUGCUCUACCAUCUUCUACGAUGCCAUCGCCCUCAGUCCCGUUACCGCAGCCGUCUUACAUCUUCGUAGAGGACCAGUGGAUCUCUAUAGGUCAGCAGCGGUGGCUCUGGCUUCCUCCUGAGUUUCGGCCAACUUGCUCUGGAGUCAACGGACAGAUGGUCUGUUUAGGCCAUUCUUCAGGUCGUAUGUCUCUCUUCAACCUUUCUAUACCGUGAGCUCUUCAUUGUCCUUUUCUCUUCUUUACUUUUUAUUAUCUUUAUUUUAUAGAUAGGGCCGGGGAGAAGAAAGUGUUUACAUGUCUCGAGUGUAGCUCUAGAAAUUUCUAGAUCGUACUUGCUUUGCUAUUAGUAGUGCAACUGGAGAUGACCAUAUUAGCACGUGAAUGCCAAG